AUCUUAAGAUUGAUUGAAAAGGUUAAAUAACCUAAUUGGUUUAUCAUAAAAUAUUCUUUAAUAUGUCAAAUGUAUGGACCGAGGAUGAUACUGAAAAAUUAAUAGCACUUUAUGGACAAUAUCAGUGUUUAUGGAACCCAUUCCAUCCUGAAUUCGAUAGCACAUCGUUGCGUUAUGAAGCGUACAAAGAGAUAAAAAAUUCCAUUAAUAUCUCUGGGUUAACAAUAUGCGAUUGCAUUAAGAGAAUUGCAAACGUAAAAAAGGAAUAUUGUUAUGAGCUAUCAAAAAUCGCUGCAGCUAUAUCUUGCGAAAAAUUGUACACGCCAAAAGUGAAAUGGUUUAAAAAGAUGCAUGUGCUCUUCUUUCCAUACAUGUCAAUAUCUCAUAAUAAUACUUUCAAAAAGGUAUGUCGUAAUAGAAUAGAAUUGAAAAAAGAUACCGUUCAUUCCGCUCCGAAAUUGCAAGAUGCCUUCGUCUCUUCUGAAACAAUCCAAACGAGUGAUGUAGCGACAGAAACGAGUAAUGGUAUUAUCGCAGAACAUGAAACGCAAACGGAUUUGCUUCAUGAUCGUUCUACAGGCACGGAUGAUAUUCUUGUAGAAAUGCAUGAAUUCCGCAGAAAGAAAGUUGAAAAUAAAUUUGAUAUAUUUGGGAAGAGUGUCGCGUUCCAAUUACAAACUAUUGAAAUUCAGACUGCUGUGAAAUUGGAAAAGGAGAUACAAAGUUUGAUAACAAAAGCACAAUUAAAAAUCUUAAAAUCUAAAGUGAUAGAUCAGAAUAGCAACUCAAUCUGUUGUUGUGAUUGUAAUGAUUGUAAAGUAAUGUGUAAAGAUGAAACUUGUAACUGUGGUCUAACAUUAAAGGAAUGUUUAUUGCUCACUAAAAUAAGAAAAAACAAGGAUUAUAGAUUUUGUUACAAGUAAUAGAUAAAAGAGGCAAAAAAAUCUUGGUAAUAUUGGAAUACUAAUGUAAUUGUAAUCAAUAUUUUUAGUUUAAAUUAUUAGUGAAAGUUAGGUUUACAUAUAAACGAUAUUUAUGUUGAUAGGAAAUAAAUUUUCCGGUUAAAUAAAAAGAAAUAUGCAAUAAAUUAUAUACAACAUAUACAAUAAAAAGAUCAAUAGAUGCAAAUA